UCGAGAGAGAAAAAAGGUCGUGCGCUUAAUUUAAUAGUUAAUACAACAGCUAGGCGCUGCGCGUUUGUUUACGGCUGUCUGUUCUCCAUAUCGUGCGUGCGACUCUGCGUGAGCGGCAUCAGCAUUUGUGUGCAUUAUCUCUGCAACAGCGCUCUGUUUCUGCAUUAUCUGCAGACCGUUUGAGUGAAACCGAAAGUAGAAUAUUGAGAUAUACCAAGAAUUAAGAGGCUAGAAGCUAGAAGCCAGAAGCCACUUGCUGACUGAUCAUCAUUCGGCCAACAGCCAGCCCCACAGUAAGAGCUGUAGGAGAAGCAUCCGGAACAGGAGCAGCAGCAGCAGGAGCAGCAGCAGGAGCAGUAGCAGGUGCUUUUUGGGCAGCAGCAGCAGCAGCAGCAGUUCUUGUGGCGGAGGUGGAGCGGCGGUGCGCGCCUCUGUGACCCGUGACCCGAGUCCAACAUGUCUUCGCCAGCGGCUCAGAGCAACAGCAGCCAGUCGCAGUCGCCAGCGUCGGCCCAGCAGCAGCAGCAGCAACAGAAUCAAAAGGCGAACAACGCAAACAACACACAUGACAACAAGAAUGCCUCGGCGACGACGGGGACGGCGGCAGCAGCAGCCGCAGCCACAGCAGCCUCCACAACAUCGCCAGCAUCGACAGGUGGCGGCGGAACACCACAGAGCCCCACAAAACGGAGCACAAUAUCGACCAAGGAGCGUGUGAUCGAUAGCGUACCGUUUCCGCCAAGCCGCAAACUCACCUGCGCGGACGUGUUCGACCCGCGGACCGGGAAGCCACAGCACGAUGUACUUAAGCAGCAUUUCAUACUGGAGGGGCGCAUCGAGGAGAGCGCCGCGCUGCGCAUCAUCCAGGAUGGGGCCACGCUGCUGCGCCAGGAGAAGACAAUGAUCGACAUCGAGGCGCCGGUGACGGUCUGCGGGGAUAUUCAUGGACAGUUCUACGACCUGAUGAAGCUAUUCGAGAUCGGCGGCUCGCCGGCCACCACAAAGUAUCUCUUCCUGGGCGACUACGUGGACCGAGGCUACUUCAGCAUCGAGUGCGUGCUGUAUCUGUGGUCGCUGAAGAUCACCUAUCCGCAGACGCUGUUCCUGCUGCGCGGCAACCACGAGUGCCGGCACCUGACCGAGUACUUCACCUUCAAGCAGGAGUGCAAGAUCAAGUACUCGGAGCGCGUUUACGACGCGUGCAUGGACGCGUUCGACUGCCUGCCGCUGGCGGCGCUCAUGAACCAGCAGUUCCUGUGCGUGCACGGCGGCCUGUCGCCGGAGAUACACGAGCUGGAGGAUAUACGGCGGCUCGACCGCUUCAAGGAGCCACCCGCCUUUGGCCCCAUGUGCGACCUGCUGUGGUCCGAUCCGCUGGAGGACUUUGGCAACGAGAAGAACUCGGACUUCUACACGCACAACUCGGUGCGCGGCUGUUCGUACUUCUACAGCUAUGCCGCCUGCUGCGACUUCCUGCAGAACAACAAUCUGCUGUCGAUCAUCCGGGCGCACGAGGCGCAGGACGCCGGCUACCGCAUGUACCGCAAGAGCCAGACCACCGGUUUCCCCUCGCUGAUCACCAUCUUCUCGGCGCCCAACUAUCUCGAUGUGUACAACAACAAGGCGGCUGUGCUGAAGUACGAGAACAACGUGAUGAACAUCAGGCAGUUCAACUGCUCGCCGCACCCCUACUGGCUUCCCAACUUCAUGGACGUGUUCACCUGGUCGCUGCCCUUCGUGGGCGAGAAGGUCACCGAGAUGCUGGUGAACGUGCUGAACAUCUGCUCCGACGACGAGCUCAUGACCGAGGAGAGCGAGGAGCCGCUCUCUGACGACGAGGCGGCGGCGCGCAAGGAGGUCAUACGCAACAAGAUCCGUGCCAUUGGCAAGAUGGCGCGCGUCUACUCCGUGCUGCGCGAGGAGUCCGAGAGUGUGCUCCAGCUGAAGGGCCUGACGCCGACGGGCGCCCUGCCCCUUGGCGCCCUCUCUGGUGGCAAGCAGUCGCUCAAGAAUGCCAUGCAGGGCUUCUCGCCCAACCACAAGAUUACCUCGUUCGCGGAGGCCAAGGGCCUCGAUGCCGUCAACGAGCGGAUGCCGCCACGUCGCGACCAGCCGCCCACGCCCAGCGAGGAUCCGCACCAUCCACAGUCAUCACAUCACAGUCAAGGCAAUAGCAACAAUGGUGCGGCGCAUGGGUAAGCGGCAUGCAGCAGAUCGGAUCGUGUGUGUGCAGGCAGGCGGUACGGCAGUGGUGAAAAAGUGGAGUGUGGAGUAGAGUAGAGCAUAGUGGAGUUGAGAUCGAGGCAGCGACAGUGGCAGUGUGGAUGGAGACCUAAGAGACAUUUAUUUAGUAGUGUCAACGAUUUGUCGUUUUAGCUAAACAUCAUUCUGCAGCUGUAACUGAACCUCAAGCUUGGCCCGAAGCAGAAACUGAAAGGGAAAGGGAAAUGGAAAUGGAAGAACACCAACAA